UUUUGUUCAGUAAAUGUGAUCGUGAGCGUUGUGAGCACGAAAGCAUUUAUGUUUUGAACACGAAAGCUUGCAAUUGCAAACAUAAAAUAUAGCUGCAAUUUUGUCACAAUUUGCUUUUUGUUAUAUACAUAUAUAUAUAUACUUUCAUUAUUAGCUUUAUAUUAUAGUCGGUAAGUAUUUCAAAACUAUAUACAAUCAUCAACAUGCCUAAAAAGAAGAGAGGAAACAACUGGUGUGCCAAGAAACGUAUCAUCAAGAAUCCUACAACUAUUUCUAUAAAUGAUUCGAUGCAAGAUGAACCCGAAAUUGAACAAAUUGCAGAGUCUAUGACUGUAGAGCAACCACAGCCUGGUCCUUCCACAGCAACACAUACUCCAGGUCAAACACAGGAGUCAAACAUCUCGGUAAAAGGGAAAAAACGUAAACAUAAAAGGAAGUUAUGUCUAAGCAAACGAAAAAAACAUACAGUAAUUCAUACAGCUUCUCUACACAGUGAUCACUCCUCUUCAUCACUUACGUCUUCUUCUACAAUAGAUCAACAAAUGGUUAUUCAUAACACUACAGCAAGUUCAGACAUUCCUAUACAAACAACAACAAAAGGAAAAAUGAACAAAGGCAAAACACCAUUGAAAAAAUCUAAAAAACCAAACGAACCUCUGCAGUCAACACUUCCAGUAAUAUCACAACAUCUAAUACAAUGCUCAGUAAGCCAAUCAAAUGAGGAGGUUUUUAUUAACGAAGCAAGUAGAAUUAUAACUGCAUUCCCCAAUAAUCACAUUGCUAUACCAGGUCCAUCACGACUUUCAAAUACAAGUUCAGAGAUUGUUAACCAUCCAACAAAUAUACGGGCAUUGUCACAACAAGACAUUGAAGAAACUACCUCUUUGCUAACAAUGAGUACUUCCACAAGGAUGGAAAUUGAUAUCCCAUUACAACACAUUGAACCGAUAGAAACGUCAUCCUUACCAACUUUAAACCAACAACAGAGUGAUGACAAUAUCACUAUGACAAUGGGACACGAUGAACUUAAUGACAUAUUAGCUAACCUUAAUAUAGACAAUUUACUAGAAAAUACCAAUAAUAUAAUAACCGAAAAUGUAACUGAAACUAUUCAUCGAAGAGGGAAUCAUUACAUGGCGGCAACUAAUCAUUACACAGGUCUAUAUACAUUGGGAACUUUCACUUUUACCUGUUCUCACUGUAGAGCCUUACAUUUUUUAUGUGAAAAAAAUUCCAGAAAUGUUUAUUCAAAUUGUUGUAAGGAUGGUGCAGUACAUCUGCCUCCAUUUGAUUCAUAUCCUGAACAAUUAAGAGUACUAUUUCAAGAUCGAGAAUUUAUGGAAAACGUGCGUUAUUAUAACAAUAGUUUCGCAUUCGCCAGCCUAGCUACCAAUACUAUAAAUCCGCCUGGUCGAGGACCUUAUGUAUUCAAGGUACAGGGAGAAAUAAGACAUUAUAUAUCAAAUGUUUCAACAAAUAUUUCUAAUGAACGCAGACAAUACGGCAAUCUAUAUUUUUUGGAUACCGAACUGGCAAAUCAGCUUCGGUCUGCUGGCCCACAAAAUCGAACGGAAUUAAAUCGAGAAACCGUCGAUGUUAUUUCUAAUUACAUGCACAGCCACAAUCCUUUUGCUCAAGCGUAUAGAUUUCUUAAAGAUGUCUAUCAGGAACAACAACAUAACAAUCGUCAACUAACUUUAGAAUUGUACAUCAAUAACAACCGUGCUCGGGAUAUUAAUUUUAGACAAUAUGGCGCAGUACAAGCAAAUGAAAUAGCAGCCGUAUUUAUUUCUGAAGAUGGAAGACCGCCCCUGGAUCGUUGCUUACAUGUUUAUUGUCGAGACAACGAUCAAAUCAUCCACGAAUUACCAUAUCUUAGUGUUAACUGCGACGCAAUGACAUAUCCCCUAUUACAUCCAAGAGGUGAGCCAGGCUGGCAAUCUGGAACAGCGCAUCAACGUAGAAGAGGUGAUGUAUCUUUACUGGAAUACUACAGUUUUAGAAUAGCUGUUCGACCAGAUACUUUCAACCAAUUUGUAAUGGCAGGCAAGCUGACGCAACAAUACAUCGUAGAUGCAUACGUAAAAAUAGAACAGAGUCGAUUACAAUUUAUUACUGAAAACCAACCACGCAUCAGGCAAGAAAUAUUCCAAGGACUAAUCGACUAUUUAGACUCUAGACAACUUGAUGUUCACUAUCAACCAGGCAAUAUUUUCAUCCUACCGUCAACAUUCAUAGGAAGCCCACGCGCAUUUAGACAAAAUUAUUUGGAUGCCAUGUCUAUAGUCACAAAACAUGGGAAACCAGAUAUUUUCCUAACAUUUACUUGCAAUCCUGUUUGGCCUGAAAUUAGUAAUAACCUAGAUACAAACCAACAUUCCUCAAAUAGGCCCGAUUUUGUUUCGAGGGUGUUUAAGAGCAAAUUGAAGGAAUUAAUAGAAGAUAUUGAUAAACGACAUGUCAUGGGAAUUUGCGUUGCUUACGUUUACGUGAUAGAAUUUCAGAAAAGAGGCCUUCCUCAUGCGCAUAUGUUGAUUUGGUUGGAAGGAUCAGAUAAAAUCUUGGACUCUGCAGCAAUCGACCGUUUAAUUUCAGCAGAAUUUCCCGACCCUAUCACGCAUCCCAACUUGCACGAAUUGGUCAAAGUACAUAUGCUUCAUGGACCUUGUACUGCUGCUCGAUGCUUAGAUGACGAAGGACAUUGCAGCAAACAAUUCCCGAAAUCUUUGCGUGAAGAUACAUUAUACAAUUCCUCUGGAUAUCCGCUAUAUAAAAGACGGCCAAUAGAAGUACCUAUACACAUAGGUAGAAGAACAGUAGAUAACGGUUGGGUUGUACCAUACAAUGCUUAUCUACUUGAAAAAUACGAAGCUCAUAUUAACGUAGAGGCUUGUUCUUCAAUAAAAAGCGUGAAAUAUUUAUUUAAAUAUAUAUAUAAAGGAUUUGAUAGAGCUCAAAUUGUCGUGCGAACUGUAGAGGAACAAGACGGUCAAACAACAACUAUUCAGGAACCUAUAUACAACGAAAUUCAAACGUUCAUGGACGUUCGCUAUGUUAGCGCACCUGAGGCAAUGUGGAGAAUUUAUACAUUCGAAAUGCACGAUAUGUCUCAUGCUAUCAUCAAACUUACUGUACAUCUUCCCAAUAUGCAACAAGUCUAUUUUAAUACAAAUAGCAAAUCAAAUAGAGACUUUCAACUACCCUUACCCACUGAACCAGUAGAACACCUAAUCGAAGAUGAAUACAAUUAUGACCAAGCAGACGAACAACAAAUUGCUAAUAGGAACAUUCCUCUGUUAAACCAAGAACAACGCCUUAUUUUUAACGACAUACUUUUGGCCCUAAACGAAAACGAAAGGGUUCCACAUCGUCUAUUUUUUAUUAACGGAAUUGGAGGUGCAGGAAAAACAUUUCUGUUGAAUACACUACUGGCUUACUUACUAGGAAAUAAUCACCGUUAUAUUGCUAUGUGUUAUACUGGCAUCGCAGCCAGCUUAUUGAAAAAUGGCCAAACGAUUCAUUCUUCUUUUAUGUUACCGGUUCCAUUUCUAGAAAAUUCAACGUCGAGGAUUCGCAAUCAGAGUACGAUUGCUGAUAAUAUUAGAUAUUCAAAAAUUAUUGUUAUUGAUGAAAUAUCUAUGGUACAUAAAAGUAUAUUCAAUGAGAUAGAUAGAAAGACAAGAGAAAUAAUGAACAAUGACAUUCCAUUUGGCGGCAAGAUUAUCAUAAUUCUAGGUGAUUUCAGGCAAUGCGCACCUAUCGUUCCGUUGGCAGGCAAAAAUGAAACUAUUUCUGCAUCAGUGAAAUGUUCCCAACUAUGGCAAUACUUUGUUCAGUACGAUCUUGUUACGAACGUUAGAGCAUUGCCACAAGAAAACGAAUUCAAAGAUUGGCUGAUGACCAUAGGAAAUAAUUCCGAAAUUUUACGUCGCUUAGAAAAUAGCAGAGACACUAUAGUUAAAAUUCCUAAUCGUAUCAUUGUAGAAGAUGUUACUGAAAGCAUAUACGGUAGUAAUUUAACUGAACACGAUUUCACAUUAUUACAAAAAGCGAUUUUGUCUCCACUAAACAUUCAUGUCAAGGAUAUCAAUUCAGUUGUUUUAGAAAAACUGCCAGGUAGGUCACGGCAAUACCUAAGUGUCGAUAGUAUUAUCCGAGAAGACGAUACAACCGAAAAUGCUGCUGAUGAUUUAGAUUCCGCAUGGCCGCAAGACUUUUUAAAUUCUUUGGAUGCUCCAGGACUUCCUCCCCACAUACUUACACUAAAGAUUGGCGCAGUUAUCAUUUUAACGAAGAAUUUAGAUGUGAAGAGAGGUUUAUGUAACGGCACACGUUUAUUGAUUCAUAAUUUACACGAAAAUUUUAUAGAAGCGAAACGAGUGGAAGAAUCUAAUAAUGAACCUUCGAUCGAAUUUAUUUCCAGAGUUGAUAAUAUCGCUCUAAAUUCUCUUGAUCUACCAGUCAACUUGAAAAGGAGACAAUUCCCUGUACGUCUGGCUUUUGCAAUGACAAUUAAUAAAAGUCAAGGUCAAACUUUGAACAGUGUCGGCUUAUUUUUACCAGUAACAGUAUUUGAUCACGGCCAACUGUAUGUUGCACUAUCAAGAGCAAGAAGUUUUGAAAACCUCAAGAUUCAAAUGAUAAAUAUAGGUAACCGUCAACAUGUAGCUGAAACUCCAAAUAAUCACUCUUACACUGUUAACGUAAUCAAAAAUCAAAUCGAAAAAUCGAAAAAUCGAAAAAUCGAAAAAUCGAAAAAUCGAAAAAUCGAAAAAUCGAAAAAUCGAAAAAUCGAAAAUCGAAAAAUCGAAAAAUCGAAAAAUCGAAAAAUCGAAAAUCGAAAAAUCGAAAAAUCGAAAAAUCGAAACAUCGAAAAAUCGAAAAAUCGAAAAAUCGAAAAAACGAAAAAACGAAAAAUCGAAAAAUUAAAAAUUAAAAAUUAA